AUGGAUCCCCUCAGAAUCGAACAGAUGAACUUAUAUUCGGAUUCCUUGUAUAUUCGUGGUGAUCGUGUUCAACUGUGUGAUUUGGCUCACUCUUUCUUCGAAACCCAUAAGUAUUCGUUUGAGACGUGUUGUAUCGUAGGUCAUGAGUUCAUGGAACUCAAGAACAAUGCCGCCGCUUGUAUGUCCUACAGAAGAGCGAUCGAAGUGGACCCACAAGACUACCGUGGGUGGUAUGGCCUUGGCCAGAUGUAUGACAUUAUCAAGAUGCCUACCUACUCGUUAUUCUACUACCAACAGGCUCAUCUUUGCAAGCCCCAAGACUCUCGAAUGCUGGUUGCACUUGGUGAUGUCUAUCAGAAAAUGGGUCGCCUUCGUAACGCCGAGAAGUGCUUCAUCUCGGCGUUCAAAUAUGGUGAUGUGGAA